AUGAAUUCGAGAACGCAGACAAGAAGAAUCCCCGAAGCAGAACCGCGUAUAGAUUAUGUUCAGUGCGAUGGACUAGUUGUUAUGAAAAUGGUGAAGCAUUGCCACGAAGAAUCUUUGAGCAACAUGGAUGUGGCUCAAGGUGCUCUACUCGGUUUGGUAGUCAAACACCGUCUCGAGAUCACAAAUUGUUUUCCUUUUCCCAAGAAUGAUGAAAUUAUGGACGAAGAAGAGUACCAGCUUGCAAUGAUGCGACGUCUCAGAUGGGUAAAUGUUGAUCACUUCCAUGUCGGUUGGUACCAGAGCGCAGAUGUUGGCAAUUUUCUAAAUGUUUCACUACUGGAAUCACAAUAUCAUUAUCAAACUUCCAUAGAGGAAUCGGUGGUUCUUAUAUACGAUACAGCCAAGUCAGCCAGAGGUUUCUUGACAUUGAAAGCUUAUAGACUUACUCCACAAGCUAUUCAAAUGUACAAAGAAGGAGAAUUUACACCAGAAGCAUUACGUACUUUAAAGAUCGGUUAUGAGAAUCUGUUCAUUGAGAUACCGGUGGUAAUAAAGAACAGUAAUUUGACAAAUAUAAUGAUGUCUGAAUUGGAGGAAAUGAUUCCAGAAGAGGAAGGUACUAAAUAUUUGGAUCUAGGAACUGCUACAGUACUAGAAAAUCAGUUACGUUGCCUGAUGGAUCGUGUAGAUGAAUUGAAUCAGGAAGCCAUGAAGUUUAAUAGAUAUCAACAGUUAGUUGUUCGUCAACAACAAGAAAAGAAUAGAUUGUUGGCUAAAAGAGUUCAAGAAAAUGCAGCCAGGGCUGCUAAAGAUGAGCCUCCGCUACCAGAUGAUGAUAUCAAUAAACUAAUGAGACCUUUGCCUGUACCACCAAGGCUUAAUCCAAUGAUUGUAGCUGGACAAAUUAAUACAUACAGUGAGCACAUUUCUCAAUUCUGUGCUCAAAGCUUAGCAAAAUUGUAUAUUACUCAAAGUCUUCAAAAUGCAAAGGAGUCGAAGUCUUCUCAUUGAACGCGAUUAUAAUUUAAAAAUCCGUAACAUUAAAAACAAAAAUGUUACUCAAAGAUAAUAAAAUUUCUCAAUGAAACAAUA